CCUCGAUAAAGGACCUCAAAUAUCAGAUCAAGUUGGUUCGGUUUUCGGGUCUGUUUUCCCCACAUUUUCACCAUAAUUGUAUCCUUUUUGGCGCCCCAGUUUACAGUUAUAAUAAUUCGGCAAUUGGGUUGUUCUUCCAGUCGUCUUCCCUGACGUCAAAAUUCAGACGGCUAUGGGCAUUUAAGGAUGAGCAGAAAAAGUUGAUAAUGAAUAUCCUUGUUAGGGAAAUCAAUAGCUAUGCCCUCAUAAGUUGAGGGGAAAGUAAAUGGACACAGCAAGGAGCUGGUUCCUGAAGUUUCAAUCACGGGAUAGUUUAAGAGCAUCCAUCAAGAAGAAAGAUAGAAUGGAGGGUGGUAAAGAAGAAUCUAAGCAUUUAUCUGCUGAAGAAGCUUCCAACAUUACAAAACAGAAAGUUGCUGCGGCAAAGCAAUACAUAGAGAAUCAUUACAAAGAGCAGAUGAGAAUUCUUAAGGAGAGGAAGGAGCGUCGAAGUCUACUGGAAAAAAAACUUGCUGAUGCUGAUGUGUCAGAAGAAGACCAAAAUAAUCUUUUGAAGUUUUUGGAGAAGAAAGAAACUGAAUACAUGCGACUCCAGAGGCACAAAAUGGGCGCUGAUGAUUUUGAGUUACUGACAAUGAUCGGAAAGGGUGCCUUUGGGGAGGUGAGGGUUUGCAGAGAAAAAGCAACCGGGCACGUGUAUGCCAUGAAAAAGCUGAAGAAAUCAGAAAUGCUCCGCAGAGGGCAGGUGGAGCACGUUAAAGCUGAAAGGAAUUUACUUGCGGAGGUUGACAGUAAUUGCAUUGUCAAAUUGUAUUGUUCAUUUCAAGAUGAAGAAUAUCUAUACCUUGUCAUGGAAUAUCUACCGGGUGGAGAUAUGAUGACUUUACUAAUGAGGAAGGAUACUUUAACGGAAGAUGAGGCUAGGUUUUAUGUUGCAGAAACUGUCCUGGCUAUUGAAUCAAUCCAUAAACAUAACUAUAUACACCGAGAUAUAAAGCCCGACAACCUGCUACUUGAUAGAUAUGGUCAUUUAAGACUCUCAGACUUUGGACUAUGUAAACCUUUAGACUGCAGUACUAUACAAGAGGGAGAUUUCUCAGUUGGAGAGAAUCUUGGUACGAGUUCAAAGAAUUAUGACCAAACUGCUGCUCCCAAACGCACUCAGCAAGAGCAACUACAACAUUGGCAAAAAAACAGGAGGAUGCUUGCUUAUUCCACUGUCGGUACACCAGAUUAUAUUGCUCCUGAGGUUUUGCUGAAGAAAGGUUAUGGCAUGGAAUGUGACUGGUGGUCACUUGGUGCUAUAAUGUAUGAAAUGCUUGUUGGCUAUCCACCUUUUUACUCUGAUGAACCCAUGUCAACAUGUAGGAAGAUAGUGAACUGGAAAUCACAUCUAAAGUUUCCUGAAGAAGCAAAGCUAUCUCCUGAAGCAAAAGAUUUUAUCAGCAAACUACUCUGUAAUGUCAACCAUAGGCUUGGAUCAAAGGGUACUAACGAAAUAAAGGCCCAUCCCUGGUUUAAAGGAAUUGACUGGGACAGAAUAUAUCAGAUGGAAGCUGCUUUCAUACCUGAAGUGAAUGAUGAGUUGGACACCCAAAACUUCGAAAAGUUUGAUGAUUCGGAAUCACAAACUAUUACUUCAUCAAAAUCAGGUCCAUGGAGGAAGAUGCUGUCAUCUAAAGAUGUUAACUUUGUCGGGUACACCUACAAGAACUUUGAGAUAGUAAAUGAUUAUGAAGUUCCUGGAAUGGCUGAAUUGAAGAAGAAAAACACCAAGCCAAGGAGGCCUACCAUCAAGUCACUCUUUGAGGACGAGUCCGAAACAUCAGAAACAUCUAGUCAGCAGUCACAGGGUAGUGUUAUGGAUCUCUUACCACCUCAGCUUGACGCGUCUGACUCGGUCAAGUACGGAUAAUUAUGGUUGUUCUCAAGAACUACUUAAAGCCAUUUAACAAGGCCAUUUGUCACCAAAAGAAGUGGAGAAAAGUUCUGAUGCAUUUCAAGCAUGUUCAUUUCAUAUAAGUUAUGGGGCCGAUUUAGUGUGAAUGCCUUUUCUUUUAUUCUUUUAAAUGUUAAAUGAUAGUUUAGGCAUCACAAUCAACGCCUUGUGCAAUUUUCUCUCCCUACGACCCUAUGUCUGUUUUCAAAGCCUCAGACAUAAGCAGUAAUUAAUAUGAUUAUACAUAGAAAUCAAAAUUUCUUCGUGUCUUGCUUAUAGGCUAACGAUAAAUUUGUUGCUAAAGUUUGAGUUGCAAGUACGCAUUAUGUGAUGAAUUUCUCUUUACAUUAUA